AUGUCGAAAAGGCCUUCCGAUGAACCUUGUGCCGAUAUUGCCAGUAAACGAGUACGUGAAGAGAACAAUUUAUGUUUUCUCCUGCUAUUAAUUUGGGUUUUUCAGUUUAACUCGUAUGGUUAUGGAGCAUAUGGAUACGGUCAACAAGUAGCUACUCCUUAUGGACACGAUGAGACGGGCAUGAUGCAAAAUAUGAUGAUUCAGGGAACCGGAAGUGGUGGUGGUGGUGGAGGUGGUACGUGUGGUAGCUCAGGAGGAGCCUACAAUGCUCGUUAUCAUUUCCAAGCGGCACAGAAUGCUGGAUUUGACACUGGUAGUGAGGAUCAUCAACCACGAACUGUGUACGUUGGGAACUUAGAUUCAAGUAUAACGGAAGACUUUAUUACUACCUUGUUUGGUCAGAUUGGUGCUGUUACGAAAACCAAAGUCAUCUUUGAAGGAACUAAUGAUCCUUAUGCUUUUGUGGAAUUUGCUGAUCACUAUACUGCUGCCCAAGCACUUCAAGCGAUGAAUAAACGUGUACUUCUAGAAAAGGAGAUGAAAGUCAAUUGGGCGACAGAACCGGGAUCACAGACGAAAGUUGAUACCAGUAAACAUUUCCAUGUGUUCGUCGGCGAUCUCUCUCCGGAAGUCGAUAACAAAGCAUUAAAAGAUGCAUUCGCUCCGUUUGGAGAAGUCUCAGAUGCUAAAGUAAUUAGAGAUGCAACAACACUAAAGUCUAAAGGAUAUGGAUUUGUUUCAUAUCCUAAAAGAGAGGAAGCAGAGAGAGCAAUAGAACAAAUGAAUGGGCAGUGGCUGGGCCGUAGAACAAUUCGUACUAACUGGGCAACUCGAAAACCAACUAGUACUGGAGCUGGUGAUGGGCAGUAUGGACGUACUGAAUUAAACUACGAAGACGUGUACAAUCAGACUGGGCCUGACAAUACCUCUGUAUAUGUUGGGAAUGUCAAUUCUAAUGCUAAUGAUGAAGAUUUACGAGCGGCAUUUGAUAAAUUUGGACGUAUUUUGGAAGUUCGUAUUUUCAAAUCACAGGGUUACGCAUUCGUACGUUUUGACAAAAAAGACUCCGCAUGUAAUGCUAUUUGCAAGAUGAAUGGACAAGAACUUUGCGGUCAAAACAUAAAGUGUUCCUGGGGUCGAACACCUGAGGGUCAUAAUACACAGGCCAAUGCUUACAAUCAAGCUCAAGCGUAUGCAAAUUAUGGGGGGUACGGUGCAUACGGUUAUGGUAAUGGCACACCCGGAGGGCCAGGUAGUACUGCUGCGGCACAGCAGCAGUACUGGAAUUAUUAUCAGCAGUACUAUAGCAAUCCACAGCUUGUUCAACAGCAGUGGCAGAGCUAUUGGCAGCAACAACAGCCCCAAGGUGGAACUCAGUAG